CGUCUCGCCUCCUUCUUUGCCUCCUUAUCUAGCGAGCCUUCUGAAUGACCUCCAUCACCCAUGAGCAGGGCGACUGACGGCGAAGACCGGGCGUACGGUCACGGCAGCGACGACAACGACAAUGGCCUCUACGUCCUCGACCACGUCCCGCUGCACUUUCUUCAGGCGUACCCGUUCCCGGCAUUUGUGGUAGACGAGGGGCUCAACGACAGCGGCAAGGACCUCGGCAUCGAGGUGCUAUGGAGCAACGAGCGGUGGCUCGACGUGAGCGACUCGGCCCCGCUCGACGAGUGCACCAGCCCCGCCGAGUAUGCCGCGCUGGCCGCUUGGAUGCGUACCGGCGAGGGCGUGUACCCGCUGCCUAUGCGCCAAGGCGCCGCGUCAUUUGUGCUCCACCUCGUCAAGACGACUACGGCCGUGGCGACAAUCAUCACCUGCCAGCCUGGAUGGGACCACCAUCCGUACUCGCCCUCGCCCGUCGGCAUGAGCCGUUCCAACACGCCCGUGUCCGAGGUCGUGUCGACGCAGAGCUCGGCAGACCACACUACCAGCUCGACCAACUCGCUGCCUGUACCAUCGCUGAGCCACUCGAGCGAGUGGGAAGUCAGCGGCGACUCGGCGUCGAGCUCGUCGCUGUCCCUCCCCUCGCCCGUGCUCAUGCGGCUGCCGGACGGUACCCUCGCACCCAGACCACACCCCCGCUUUCCCUCCCCGCCUCGCCUCGCCUCGUCGUCGGUAUCGCGCACAAGCAGCUCUCUGCCGUCGAGCGCAUCCCCGUCGCCAUUCCAUGAUCCCUCCACACCGGCCAACGGCCACACCACCCCCGCGCCCCCGCCAACAACAAAUCUCCCAAAGGGCAACAUCCCCUCGUCGGCCUUCAUUCGCGGCCCGCUUGAGCGCGCCAUGCCAAAACACCACAGCGUGAGCACAAACUUUACUUCGCAUGACGUGCCUGUCGAGGGCGACCUGGCCGUGUGGAUGAAAAAGGACAGUGAGAAGAUGCUCGAGAUGCUCCAGUCGACGCCGUGGGAUGAGACGGGGCUGGGACCGUAUGACAGCUGGCCGCAGGGCAUCAAGACGGCGCUGAGGAUCAUGAUGUCGAGCCCGACCCUCGACUCGAUAUGGUGGGGUCCCAUCGACGACAUUCACAUCCUCUACAACUCGGCUUACCGCGUGACGGUCAACCACCCCGUCGACUUUGGCAAGCCAGCAAAGCAAGUCUGGGCGACGCUGUGGAAGUUCCUCGAGCCACUCGUCCAGCAGUGCAUUCGCAAGGGCCAGCCGACGUACCACAAGAACGACCUCAUCUUCUACCGCCUCAACGACCGCGGCCGCUACAUCGAGCAGUACCACACGUGGACCAUGGUCCCGAUUGUCGACCACGACACAAUAGUCGGCGCGUACUCGAUGUGUCUGGACACGACGCACGAGGUACUCGCCGAGCGCCGCUCGGGGACGACACGCACACUGGCUGACGAGCUGGCGUUCGCGCGUUCCAAACAUGCAUACUACGACGCGGUGGCGGACGCGCUCGACCCCAACCCUGUCGACGUGCCCUUUGCCAUCUGCUACCAGGUCGACGAACAGGGCCAUACUGACAGCGCUCACCUGGUCGGUCUCACGCUCAAGACGACCGUCGGCAUCCCACAUGCCCACCGCUGCGCGCCAGAGCAGAUGACGGUCGAGAUGCCGCGCUGGCGCCGCCGCCCUUCGGCCGACAGGCUCAACCAGCCCGCCGAGCCGCGCUCCGGCCAGUCGUCGCCCACCGUCGAGCCACCCCGCCACACGAUGGUUGAGCAGAUUGCAGUCAGCUACGACCGACGGGAGUGGCCCAUCGCGCGGGCACUCUCCACCCGCCAGUGCAUCAUUGUCGACAACUGCGCCGACCUCAUCAGGGGGCUUCCCGUCCGCCAGUGGGACGAGCUGCCCGACCAGGCCAUCGUCAUCCCCAUCAUUGGCGACUCGUCAAACGCAGUGCCGCCCACAAUACUGAUCAUGGGAAUCAACCGCCACAGCCCGCUGGACAACUCGUACCUCGCCUGGGUGCACACCAUGCGCGGGCACCUCGCCAGCGCGCUCACGUCGAUCAACACGUUUGAGAGCGCUGUUCUCCAGCGCCUCGAGAGCGAGCAGAUGGAGCGCGAGCGCGCAAAGUCGACAUGGAUCCGCGGAGCAGCUGCCGAGCUGCUGGAGCCACUCACCAUCAUCACGCCGCCGCUCGAACGCGUCCUCAACAGCCCGCACGUGUCAAAGCGUCACCUCAAGUCGCUCCAGAUUGUGCAGGGCAACAUCCAGCGGCUGGAGAACAUUGUUGCCAUGCUGCUCGACUACAACCACAUUGAGACUGGCCGCAUGACUGGCACGUUUAUCCGCGACGACCUCGGCAAGUUUGUCACGGACAUUGUCGACCUCUUUGUGCCGGUGGUCGACAGCCUCGGUGUCAAGAUCACGGUGCGGACAGACCACCCAAUCUCGCCUGUGGUAUAUGACCCCGUUCUGCUCGAGGUUGUCAUCGCCAACCUCCUCGCGAGCACACUCAAGCAGAGUAACAGCCGCUUCGUUGCUGUCAGUGUCGAUUACGAAGUCGGCAGCGAAGGCGACGGCUGGGUCCAUGUGGCCAUCAUCGACCCCGAGGUCGGCAUACCCAUCGACGCGAUCGAUGGAGCUGCCGGGUACGGCAAUACGGGACCCAGUACGCACACUGGCCUGGCGCUCAACCUCGCCAAAGAGAUCAUUGCGCUGCAUGGCGGCGCAAUCACAGCUAGGUCGGGCACCAAGCAGAGCCUCGACAGCGCGAGCUACAACAUCCGCCUGCCGCUUGGUGGGGCAGAUCGAGACGACAUCAGCACGCCCAUGGGAGGUACUGCGCCGUUUGGCGCAUACACCCGGCAAGCGGCCGCUGAGGUGGUGGAAGCUGCACGUGGCUCGGACCAGUACAGCCAGACGGACGAGUCGUCGAGCAUUGCAUCGGCAUCCAGCCAUUCGCACCGAGAUGUUUCAAGCAGAGCAUCCGUGUCGAACCGCUCGCAACGGUCCAAUCGAUCGCAGUCCCAGCCACGUAUUAGUACUGGCAAGCGACCUGGUCUCGAGCGCCGCUUGGCCGAGAGCAGCAUCGACACAUCAAGAAGCCUCGCGCUCGACGAGGUUAGACAGCAGCAAGAGCUGCUCGCGGGCUGCAUCAGCCACGAGUUUGGCACGCCAGUCAAUGCCAUUCUGCAGUGCUCGUCGCUGGUCAAGGACAACCUCGUCGCGUUGAGAGAGCACCUCGCGGCACAGGCACAGCACGGUAUCCCGCCCCAUCUCGUCAAGCAGAUCAAUGACAACGUCGCGGCGAUAGAGAGCAUCUACCAGUGCUGCCUUGUGCAGGAGCGCGUUGUCGGUGAUGUGCAGUUCAUUGCGCAGACACGCCUCGAGGACCUCACACUCCAGCUUGUCCCUGUCAGUGUCCGUGACGUUGUGCAGAAGGCAGUCAACGUGUUUGCUGCCGAGGCGCAGGCGAAGAACAUCGACAUACAGGUCGUCUUCGGGCCGACGCUGGACGCAAUGGCGCUGGCGGUGGUCAAGACUGACCCGGUGCGCAUCUCGCAGGUCGUCAGCAACAUUAUCGCCAACGUGCUCCGCCAGCCGACGUCGUCGAAUACCAAGGUCGUCUCGCUCACGGUCGACGCGGCGCUCGACCCGCCCGAGACGCCCGAGUCGUGCUCGCUGCCCCGCACCGCGCAUGCCGCCGUCUCCAGCUACAACGACCGGCGAGAGAGCCAACGAGGAUUCGCGCCCCUCGUCACCCCGAUGCUCGAGGACACCGGCGUGUACAUUUACUUUACCUGUGUCGAGACGGACGCCGUGGAUCCGAUGGCACGGCGGUCGAGCGAAGCGACAGCAACGGUGCGCGGGGCGGGCUUGAGCCUAUACAUCUCAAAGAAGGUUACAGAGCUUCUUGGAGGGCGAAUGGAGGUCACAACGACAGCAGUGGGGUCGGAAACUCGCUUCUUCAUCGAGGCGCGCGCGGCCGACCCAUCCAACCCGUUCGGCACGCACCCCAGCAGUCCCGCAACGUCGCGCUCCGUGUCGCCGGAGGUCGCCACCACGUCGUCGUCGCUGCCUCUGCACGUCCUCAUCGUCGAGGAUAGCCUGAUCAGCCAGACGAUUCUCAAGCGUCAGAUGGCCAAGGCCGGGUUCGUCUGCGACAUUGCCAACAAUGGCGUCGAGGCGCUGGACGCACUCGGCAUCAACGUCGCCACAAGUAGCGGGCCGUCGCCGCCCGAGUCGAGCGCAGGGUCAAUCCGCUCCCCGCUCAAGACGUACCGCCGCCCUUCGUGGCCCCAGCAGAACCUGUACCGACACCGCAAGUCGGCGCACUCGAGCCCCGGGUUGACGAGCGCGAGCAGCAGCCAGGUGCCGUCUCCUCCCUCGCUCGACACGGGGACGGACACGGGCUCGAGCAGCCAGACGACGCCCUCGCUGCCCUCGGCGUCGGAGCACGGCCGGAGCAGGUACGACGUCGUGCUGAUGGACCUCGAGAUGCCCGUCAUGGACGGGCUCACGGCCAUCCGGCACCUGCGCGCGCACGAGGACGGCAUGGGAUGCGACCGCCAGCUCGUCAUGGCGCUGACUAGCAACGCACGGCAGGCGCAGAUUGACGCCGCGCUCGCGGCGGGCAUGGACGAGGUAAUUGUCAAGCCGUACCGCUUCCCGCGGCUGGUCAAGGCCGUCCAUCUCGCCGUCGACCGCGCCGAGCGGGGUGAGUGGGGUGCGCAGAGGUGA